GGGAGUCGCUGGGGUGCAGGUCGGGAGGCCGGGCUGCGCGGUGCCACGUGCGGGAGGGACCGGCGGACUGCACAUCCAGGCGGCACCCGGCGGGGCGGCGGUGCCCGCGGACCCAGCCAGCGGCUUGUACUUUUCUCCCCCGACCACACAGUCAUUAUGCCGAAGAGAAAGUCUCCAGAGAAUGCAGAGGGCAAAGAUGGACCCAAAGUAACCAAACGGGAGCCCACAAGACGGUCUGCCAGGCUAUCUGCAAAACCUGCUCCGCCACCCAAACCUGAGCCUAAACCAAGGAAAACAUCUGCUAAGAAAGAACCCGGAGCAAAGAUUAGCAGAGGAGCCAAAGGGAAGAAGGAGGAGAAGCAGGAAGUUGGAAAGGAAGCCACUGCACCAUCUGAAAAUGGUGAAACCAAAGCUAAAGAGGCACAGAAAACUGAAUCUAUAGAUAAUGAAGGAGAAUAAAUUGCCAUGGAAAAUUGGGGGUGAUUUUAUUUACCUCUUGGGACAACUUUUAAAAGCUAUUUUUACCAAGUAUUUUGUAAAUGCUAAUUUUUUUAGGACUCUACUAGUUGGCAUAUAGUAUAUAUAAAGAUGGAUAUUCGACCCUCUUGUAAUCAUGCUUUUUUGGAAAUUUUCAUCAUUCUCAAGUAAAAUAAAUACCUAUCUAAUAAUUGGAAAUGUAUGUUUAAAGUUGAUCCAUCAUUCCAUGCCCUCACUUUAAAAAACUUCGUCUUGUGCAACCUGUGGCGUUUUUACUGUGCAUAUUUGAAUUUUUCAUGCAGUUUUUCUAGAGCAAUAAUCAGUGGUGCUUUUGUACCUAGGUUUUAUGUGAUUUUAAUGAGACAUGGAUAGUUGUAGCUACCUGCUGAUUAUUUGUGGUUUAAAAUAAAAGAUUUUCUUGUCUGCAAAAUA